GUCGUGGCCCUGAUGACGGUCAAUAACAGUUAUUCGUGAUUCGACCCUGAACAUGAACGUGAACUGGUCAGGUACCGGCCGACUGGCUGUGCCCGCCUUCCCUUCCGGAAUAGCAAUUACUUCUUCGACCUCUCAGUCCUCGGCAUAGGACGCCAGUGAUAGUCGCUCUCAGUCAGGGACAUGUUCAUGACUCGUUCCUGACGGUGCCCGUUGUGGCAACUCUUUUACUUAUAUAUCUACAAAGACUUAAUUAAAAUUGUAAGUGUAUAAUUAUCGGUGCAAUAAGUUACUUAAUCAAGUCGCAGAAUAUGAAGCCUUUGUGUUUCUUAAUUUUAUUAUUCAUUUUGUUUUUAGCAACAAAAAAGUGUCAGGCCGAAAUGUUUGAUGAGAAGAUAAAGUAUUUCUUUGGAGUUUUUGGUAAUAAGCCACCUUAUUCCACUGAAUCACCUGCGCCCUGCUACUGUAGUUGUGGAUUACGGAAUGAAGAAAGUCGUAUAGUUGGAGGUCAAACGACGAGUAUGAAUGAGUUUCCAUGGAUGGCUAGAUUAUCGUAUCUAAACAAAUUUUACUGCGGUGGUACACUUAUAAAUGAUCGUUACGUUCUCACAGCCGCACAUUGUAUGAAGGGUUUUAUUUUCAGAUUCAUGUGGUUCAUGAUCAGAGUUACUUUCGGAGAGCAUGAUAGAUGUGUCGAGAAAUCACCGGAAACUAGAUACGUAGUGCGCGUUAUGACUGGUGACUUCAGCUUUCUGAAUUUUGAAAAUGAUAUCGCGCUGCUUCGUCUUAAUGAAAGAGUGCCGUUGAGCGAUACGAUACGGCCGAUAUGUUUACCUACAAUGUUAGAUAACGAAUAUGUAGAGGCAAAAGCAAUUGUGUCAGGUUGGGGUACAUUGAAAGAGGAUGGCAAACCGUCCUGCCUUCUUCAAGAAGUAGAAGUUCCAGUCAUGAGUCUUCAAGCUUGUCGCAAUACCAGCUACAGUGCCCGAAUGAUUUCAGAAAAUAUGCUAUGCGCAGGUUAUCUUGAAGGACAAAAAGAUUCAUGUCAGGGAGAUAGUGGUGGUCCUCUAAUAACGGAGCGAGAAGAUAAAAAAUACGAACUUAUCGGUGUGGUGUCCUGGGGUAAUGGAUGCGCAAGACCUGGUUACCCAGGUGUAUAUACAAGAGUUACACGAUAUAUGGAUUGGAUUUUGAAACAUUCAAAGGAUGGCUGUUUCUGUGAACAUAAUUGAUUAUAAUCCAGCGAUUGUUAAUCGUAAACAUAAAAAGGGACAAAUGACAAAUGACUUUACUAUUGUAUAUAUAAGUUCUUUAAAUUCUCGUGCUCUGUUCUCAGGAUAUGUAUAAUAUUUUUGUCUUAAUUUUUUUUUAUAUAAGAAAAUAGAUA